GAGUUCCCUUCUUUAUUUUUUCCCACCUAUUGCACUUCAAUCCAGGUUGAACUAGCUUCCAACACCUUCAAGGCAAACUUGCAUCGUAUUUUAUGAGCACUGUCAAAACACGUAAAUAAUGUAAUAACAUAAAUUAAAGCCUUGGUCAUGCAUAGGUUUUAUGAAAUACAAUAUGCAGUGUAAAAAAUUGCCAACAAAGUGGUAUGGUCUUAUUGCCCUCUCUCCAGUAUUUCCCUUCUAAAUUUUUACAGGGCACAGUGGGCAUAGCGUAGCAGCAAAACCGUGAGCUGAUAAAACCCCAUAGGUCUGUGUGAGCGCGGUGACCUGCAGCGUCUGUAUCUGAAAGGGUUCAGGAAGGGCCCGCUCAUCAGCGUGCAAAGGAGUCACUGCGCGGAGCACAUCGGGCAGAACGCAGGCAAGGCGCUUCAGCAACGCAUGUAAACGUAGAUGUUAAUUAUGCAUCUCCAAGCACCGCGUUGCCACGGCAACGAGACGCACACGGGGCGAGGUCCGGGCACCUCAGCGGGGGCUGCGGGUACAGGAAAAGGGGUCGCGACAGCACAGCUCCGCUGCAUUUCGCUGGCGUGCUGGCUUUCGUGAAGUAAUAUUGCCGCUUACAUAAGCGGCAAAUUUCAGAACAUUUCCUCCCACCACGAAAUCACCUGGACGAGCAUUACUCGGCUCGUUUUACAGGUGAACCUCACCGCAGGAACGCAGUCCAACCCCGCAGCCCGCCCGCCCAACGCCUCACUGAGCGCAAGUAACGCGCCGCCUGAAAGUCAUAGAGCUGAAGGCGGGCUUUGGCAGAAACUACCCAAUCAUCGGAAGGCAUCGCAACAACAAUAGUUCCAGUUUCCAGACCAGAGGUGAGAGCCUUCUUAACUUUCAGAUGAUUCUGGCCUGACAGAAGGGCAGGAAGCUUCAUACAUCUUAAAUAGAAAUAUGCGGCUUGCAAAACUUGGAAACUUUGAACCCUGAGAAAUAGGAAAAUACUACAAAGUGAAGACAAAACACAUCUAACAAGAGCUGAUCUCUGCUUUCAUUGUUUUUUAAACUUUGUGUUAAUAACUCUUAGCGUCAAAUAGCCUCUGUAAUCUGCUGUGCUAAAAUUAUUAGCUUAAAGCUGGAAAAAAUGAAACAAUUGAAAAGAAAAAGAAAAAGUAAUUUUAGUGUUCAGGAGACUCAAACUCUCCUUAAGGAAAUCAGAAAAAGGAGAGAAGUACUCUUUUCAAAGCAACUUAAUACAACAAUUAAUGAGAUGAAACGGAAAGCAUGGGAGGAAAUAGCAGAGUGUGUGAAUGCUGUAGGUGAAGGUGAGCAAAGAACAGGGACAGAAGUGAAAAGGCGAUACCUUGACUGGAGAGCUCUCAUGAAGAGAAAGCGUCUGAAUGCAAACAUCAAGGCAGUUGGUGCAGGGUUUCACCUUCCUUCAUCCGACUUAGAUGACUCUCUCAAUGAAGAUGUGGAUGACAAAAUGGGGUUUGCAAAUGAAUCUAGUUUUGAAUGGCAGAACAUUACUGACUUCAGAGAAGCAGGUGGGUCUUUAACAGAAAUCAAAGUAGAAGAAGAAGAGGAGGAUCCACAGAAUUUUGAAUUUCCUAUUGAGGAAGAAGAAAUUUUUUCAUCAGUUUUGCCAGAUUCAAAAAAAGAAAAUGACUUACCAGAUUUCACCCACAUUGAGGAGUUUGGAAAUCUAAGUUCUGCGCAAGCUAGACUAGCCUAUGAAGAUUCACACUUGCUUAUAAAUCUAGAGAAGCAGAAGGUGGAGCUGGAGAAGCAGCGAUUAGAUAUUGAAGCCGAACGGUUGCAAGUGGAGAAGGAGCGCCUGCAAAUUGAAAAAGAACGGCUGCGGCACAUUGACUUGGAGCAUGAGAGACUGCAGCUGGAAAAGGAGCGACUUCAAAUUGAGCGGGAGAAACUGAGGCUAGAGACUCUGCGUGCUGAGAAACCUGCCCUGGAAAAUGACCUCACCCAAUCGGAAAAACCCAUCAUACAGCCUCUGGAUCUAGAAACUGAAAAGUUAAAACUUGAAAAAGAACGCUUGCAGUUAGAGAAGGAAAGGUUGCAGUUCUUAAAAUUUGAGUCAGAAAAGCUGCAGAUUGAGAAGGAGCGCUUGCAGGUGGAGAAAGAACGCCUCAGAAUUCAGAGAGAGGGUCUCUUGCAGUGAACUUCUCAACUGGAGUGUUAAUACUAGUGUUCUGUUGUUUGUAGAAUAUAGAUAGUUCUUUUUCUGAUGCUGAAACUGUUGUAAAGGUCUAAUGUUCUUCUGUUCAGAGUUCAAUGUUGAUGUUGAAGUAUAACAUUAGAAGAAAAAAAACUGGUGCUCAGUAAGUCAGUGUGCCUGUGUAAAUAUGCUUAUAUAAUAAAUUGCUUUUCAGUGUAUCAGAACUAAGUGCUGUUAUGUUACUCUUGUCUUCAGUGUUGUGUUGUAUUUGUUAUGUGUCCUUCUCUCAAGACACAUUAAGAAGAGUCAAAUCCAAAUGCUGUAUUACUUUUUUUUUUAUACUGCACUAGCAGUUAGGGAGUAUUAGAAUAAGUCAAUAUUUCCUGUGAGGGCCUCAUGCAAAGGGUAGUCCAUGCAGUAAAUAAGUAUAAUUAGAACGUAGUAACAUACAGUCAUGAUGUGCUUCAUUAAACUUUAUUUCCUCUUUUUGUUUUUUUCCACUUCCGCAGCUGAAAGGUAUUCAUUAAAAGUUCAAGAAGUACCCUACAGUGGUGUUUACUGUUGGAAGUGCAGGAGGUUGUGUUCUGCCUUUUUGAAGUAUUCAUACCAGAUAAUUAUACGUCAACCUACCUACCAUAAGACUUUUGGAUGCAUCAGGUCAUUAAUGAUGUUAUGUGAAGUAUUACCUGUCAGUAUAGCAUGGGGGCUUCGUAGCAGGAAGUGACAGCUGUCUGAUCAAUCUGUGAUCAUUCCCUAAAGGAUGGUUUAUUUCUUGAAAGAGUUCCGCUGAUGAUAAGAGUCUUGGGAGUGAAGACACAGGCUGAGCACAGGCUAACGAGAACUGAGCUUGAACACUAAUGCUCUUGAUAUUAAUUCUUCCUGGCCAGCACUGAGGUUCACAGAAUCACAGAAUGGCUUGUGUUGGAAGGGACCCCAGGGAUCAUCAAGUUCCAAUCCCCUGCCAUGGACAGGGCCGCCAACCUCCAGGUUAUUUCUGUGAGACAACUGGUAGAGGUUUUUAUGACUGAUGCCAUACAGCAUGUUUUAGAUAGGUAAACAGAAGUAGUUAGUGCUGAACGCCAUUGUUUCAUAUGUAAUGUAUUUGUUUCAAUAAAAGCCUUUUUUGUGAUUUCAUGUAUGUGUAAAUCCCAACUGAGCCACAUUUUAGAAUUGUUUUUUCUGUGAGCAACUACCUUUUUUGAUUCCAUUUGAAACUAUGAGAAUACUAAAUCUGAAUAUAUGUUGAGUGACUUGACAUGGAUUCUCGUGAAAGUAGAUAUAUUUAUACCACUAUAGGAUUACUUUUAUUCUGCAACAAAAACAUUAUUUUUUUAUUAUGGAGACAAGUGUGCUUCUACAGUGGAAAUAAAUUUGACUACUGCAACCCAAAAUUGCUCUUGAGAC